AUGCCCCUCUCAGAUCUUCCAGCUGAGCUCAUUGACUUAGUCACCGAAUAUAUCCAGGAGGAGCGCUAUCUCAACUCUUUGGCCCGAACAUGUCAACGGUUACAUCUGCUGCUGAACCCAAUCCUCUAUGAGAGAGCCGUCCGCCUAUCACACGCCUUCCCCCUUGUCUGGGCGGCACAGCAUGACCUUGAAGAAACGGCACGCCAAGCAUCUGAUGCUGGAGCCUCGAAAUACUUUUGUCAAUACAACCUUCGACGAUCGCUCAUAGCGAUUGCGAGGGGAGGCCAUGAAAACAUUGCACGUCUGAUACUGCAGCAAAGCAACCCUAGAAUAAUCAGACAAACGCGGGGUUGCAGGGAAUGUAUAGAAGCGAAUCCUAGGGAUGACUCAAACCAUUUCACCCCACUCAGUUUGGCGGCAGCCCGGGGGGUGGUUGCCAUUUUAAACAUCUUUUUCGCCUAUGGCAUCCCUGACUACCAGGGCGACCCGGGAUCCUUAGUGCUGGCUUGUGUUGCAGCACAAAAUGGCCAUCUGGCUGCUCUGAAGGCUAUAAUCGAUGCAGGCUACUCUUUCAACUACCGGGGAGGGAUACAGACUGAGACACCACUACAUGCUGCGUGCCGCCAAGGGCAUACAGACGUGGUCCGAUAUUUGCUCGAUAUAGGUGCCGAGAUCGCCUCGCCAAAGGGAGCUUCCGCACCUCUCGUGUCUGCAGCUGAACAUGGGCACUUUGGAAUAGUCAAAUUACUCCUGGAAAGAGGCGCAGACCCUGAUAAAGAUAUUUGGGGUUCAACAGCCCUCUCCUAUGCGGCCAAGAAUGGCCAUGUAGAGAUUGUGGAACUACUGUUAAACCAUGGAGCCGAUCUCGAUUCUGAGAUGGACAGAAACAGAAACGUCCUUUACCAUAUCGCCCAAAAUGGUCAACUCCAAGUCCUCAAUUUACUUCUAGCUCGCGGAGCGGACAUUUAUCCAAAGGAGGUCGCGAGAAAGUUGCCUUCGCUCGCAUUGCUAAUGACUAGUGGGAGUAGAUUGCUCGGAAGACAUAAGCAGAAAGCUUUUGGUGAUGUUUUCCGAACUUUCAUCGAUCUGGAGGAUGAGAUAAUCGACGAGGAUAAAACAUCAAAAGCUUCGUUUCUAUACCUAGCUGCCAACUAUGGCUGGGAAGACCUUGUGCGGCGCAUUCUAGCGCGAGGCUUUCUGGCAGGAGUCUGCGAUGAUUCUGAUAGAAAGUGUUACAAUAGAGCAAUGACCCUAGCCAUUGAAAGUGGGCAUAUUGGAGUGGUCAAGCUGCUUCUUCAACAUGGUGCACAUCUACAGAAAGACAUAACAGAGAAUGCGGAGGAGAAUGUGUUGUGUGUGGCAAUCAAAAUGGACAAUAUACCGAUCGCCGAGCUCUUGAUCGACUACGGGGCCGAUAUAAAUUGCAACAGUUCCCGCGGGGAAACUGCUUUGGCUGAGGCGGCGUUGACGUCCACAGAAAUGUUUCAAUUUCUUCUCGACCGAGGAGCUGAUCCGACGCAAGCCUCAUCUUUAUCCCAUGAAAGUGCUAUCACCAGAGCAUUGAGCUCUGGUAAAGUCGGUAUGAUAGAAAUGCUGAUGGACAGAGGUAUCGAAUUGAAAAUGCCGAGGCCUCAUGUUAUUCCAACAACGCCGAAACCAGAAGCGACCCCAUACCAAAAGAAGCAAUUGAUAGAAGAGGCGUUCUUGGGAGGCGACAGAAUGGCAGAACUGGUCUUGGAUCGAGGAGUGUUAAAGAUUGACCCCGAAAGCAUUCAGGCACAAGAAGGAUUAUCUCACGCUGUCUUACGGAAAAUGCCAGGGGUGGUGAAGCGGUUACUUGAACGAGGAGUUGAUCCCAAAACUCCUUUGCUCAAGUCUGAGCCCCCUCUUUUGGCCACUGCAGUAUUUCCCAGCACCGAUGGUCACACCGAGGCUGCUACCGUCAUUCUUGACUUGCUUUUAGCCCACGGUGCUGAUAUCGAGGACCGGGGUUAUUUUGCCGCGACUCCCUUGUAUUGGGCUCUCGCACAUAGAGACACAAGUAACAAGUUCGAUUGCCGACCGGCAGAGAUACGGCUUUUGCUGGAGAGGGGUGCGGAUCCUCUCGCGAUGCGUGGUGAUUAUCCGUCUGUCCAGGGGCUGAGAGAUGGCGGUGAAUCCUCUACUCUCGCAUUCCCCAAUGGCGUUCAUGACCACUCGAUAUUCAUGGGUAGGCGGUCGACUUCUGUUCUCUCUUCAGCCUUGCAUGAUGAUCGCCGUCCUCAUUGUGAUCAUGAUCCUGAUCUUCACGACCAUAUCAUGGAUAUGUGCAUGGAUUCACCCCAUAAACUAGUCCUCGCUGAUGACCCAUUCGCUGUCUGUAUACAACGCGGUGACAAAUCUGUACUCAAACUUAUUCUUGAGGCAAUUGAUCAGAGAGGAACCCCCUUUGCAGAUCUGAAAGAUAGACUUGAUCAAGCCCAGGCUGCAGCGACACAGAAUGGUCAUCGGCAUCUAAUACCCAUUUUGCAGGAUUAUUACUGGGUAAAAAGAUAUCCAUGCUAG